GGUUGUUCUAGUUCAUCUCCUUCAUCUCCAGUUAAUCAUGUCCAUCGCAGUCUUCCCUGAUAGAUCGCAAAGGGAAUGGUUGGUUAGUGUCUCCUUGCAUCAAUGGCCAUACCCAUUUUGUGCAGAUUUCCAUCAUUUCAUAGUAUUUACGGAUAUCGAUACAACUGAGUUGAUACUUUUUUCCUUUUUCUUUCCCUUUGCCUUGUGGAUGCCGGACCGCAAACUGGCCAAAGUCCAACCGCCGUGUGAAUUGAACACGAAGAGUGCCGUCAAAGUAGGCCCACAGCACACGGAAAUUACCUCGCUUAUCGACUGUGCGGACUAAUGUCUAUAAAAUGUUAUCCCAUCUUGCAAUCAGCCUGGGUAAUUGCCUAAAGAAGGGAAGGAGAGGGGAUCGUCGAACCGGAAAGAUGUGAUAAAACUCGCGAUACCGGCCCCCCGAGUAUUUCCAACUGCCUUUCUUCAUUCGCUUAAGCUGCGGAAUUAUUGCAUCUUUCAUCCGCAGGACCAAAACUAAUAAUACUGUGGUGGAAGGGCAGUCAUCACUUCCAGAUCGGUCGACCCUCACAUUGCCGACCCAAUGUAUGUUGCGAAAGGGACGUUGAUGGAAAUUUUCCCACGAGACCGUGGCCCGGUAUUGGUGCCGUCCAGUGUUUUCAAUGAAGCGUCGUGUCCGUUCGCAGCUAG